AUGAGUAGAACGGUUGGCUUGCGGAUUGCACAAAAUGAUGUUAAUGCUGUUAUUUGGUUGACCACCACUUUUUGUGCCAAUAUCUUCUCCACGACGCCUGCUUCCUCGUGCACGCCACGUCUCGGUGCCACGCGUCCGCGAUUGCCGAAGGCCUUGCGCAGUUGGCCGGCCUACACAGAACUCGACACGACGUUGCACAGUCUGGUGGGCAAGCUUCCGCUGUUGGAGAUGUUGCGAAACAAAGCGAUGAAGCAGCGUCAUUGGCAACGGAUCGGCGAACUGACCGGACAGCGCAAACUGGAUCCCGAGGCCUACGACGUGACGGUGCGGAUGGUGCUGGAUCUGCCCAUCGGACCGGGCGACGGAGCCGUUCGUGACGAAGUCGAGGAGGUUUGCAUCGGAGCCGCGAGGGAAUGUGAGAUCGAGGCCAAACUGCAGGUCGUCAUGAACGACUGGCGUUGUCAAGAGCUGCGAUUGAUGCCGUUCAAGACGCGAGGCGAACUCCUCCUCAAAGGCGAACGGACGCAGGAGAUAAUCCAGCUGCUCGAGGACUCUUUGUUGGUGCUCACGUCGUUGACGAACAACCGGUCAGUACCUCCACACACACACACACACACACACGCACAAUCACUCCAAGUCGAGUUUGGCUCUACUUGUUCGACCAAAUGGCUCUUUUCGCUUGGAGCUGUAGGUCGCGAGACCAACCAUGAAUAUUAA